AUGUUCGAGACACGAUGGCCAGAGCGUAAUUGUACUAAUAACAGUGUCCCUGUAGAGGGAGACCUCACAGAGGUCGAGAUAAAAAAGCUAACUGCAGUCAAGGAUAAGCGUAAGCUAAUGAUCAAAACGUGGUAUAGAUGGCAGACAAAUGUCGCGCGUUUAGCCCGCUCAGGCGGAUUGAAAGGGGCACUUGACCUCGGUGAAACUCUGAGCAGAGGAGAUGAGCGCGUGAAGGGGGAAGCAGAUGCGGCAAUCAAGGCCGAGGGUAUUUCUACACGUGGCAAAAAGCUUGCAAAACGGAAGGACGUCACUCGUGCCAAAUAUGCCGCUGAAAAUGAUAGCAUCAGGACUGAGCUAGCUAGAGCCGGUUUUGUUCAAGAUGUUGAACAAGAGGAGAAGAUUAGGGCCUUCAAUGAACUCGGGGCACAUCUUGAUUGUGUCUUCCGCCACCUGUCCCACAAGACGGGUGGACUUAAGUUCACCUGUAUUGCUGGAGGACGGAACCCAACCACAGGUGAAAUUGUAGUUCUUGACUACCAUCUCAGAGAGACGGAGCCUAUGCUAAUUUCAGUCAAAUUGGUGCUGGCUCACGAUGAAAAGAUGCUAGCUUCAGCACUGGAUGCAGGUACCAUUGCGGAUGAGGCGGCCAAUGAGUUGGAUGAGAUUUUUGGGGAGGAUAGUGAAGAAGAUGAGGAAGAGGCUGCUGAGGAGGAGGAAAAUGUUAGGGAGAAUGAAGAGCUUGGGGAUAUGGAUGAUAUUGGGCUGGGGCUGAACGGGCUUUAUCAAUUCGACCAAGUCAUGGAUGACCAAGGGUCUAUGGCUGACUUAUCACCAGCACCUACAGCCACUUGGACCACUGCAGCUGUAGUCCCUGACAAUAACAUCGACUCCCUUCCUUUCAACCAGUUUGACAUCUCCAGCUUGGAUAUGAUUCAUCUCAACAGUUUUCUCGCAAGCCUACCGCAGGUGCCUUACAACCCAUUCACAGCCAUUGGCCCAACAUAUGGUCUUGUGGAUCAGGAUCUCGACUUCAGCUUCAUGCACGACUCCUCAAAUUCAUUCGACUAUCAAUAUUCCCCACCGGUUAUUCAUGAACCAACAGGUCAUCUUUUACCUGCAUUCCCAGGUGAUACUACCAUGCCUAGUAACUUACCGCUCUCUCAUUCCAAUCAUCUACCACCUACUACACCCCUCGCAAGCACUUCCAGCAUCAACAUGACAGAUUCCAACACAUUUGACCGUCUUGCCGGUCUAGAAGAGGAAGGUCCACGUUGA